UAUUCGCAUUGUUCUGAAUUCAAGACGGACUGAUCAAUUCGAAAAGGUGAGAAAGCUGCAAACUCAUGAAUGUAUGAUUUGUUGUUUUUUUUAUCUUCGUAAUUCAUUCAUCGUCUAUAUAAGAAACGUGACCACAAACGAUCGGCGGGGUAUAGUCGACUCGUCCUCGUCACAAGACGAUGUCUUUCGGGAGUCUUGGGACUAACUAAAAAUAACUCUCGUUCGAACCAAGGAUGAUUCUCGUAUACGUAAAUAGACGUUUGAGUCUUCGGUAACACAGACAAACUUAUUGUCGUAAAGCUACGUCGUUAAGUUCGAUUAAUUUAUCAGUCGCGGCUACCUAAAAAUUAAUGAUCGCGAAUUUUCAUCCAAAUCUGAUUGCGAGUUUUUUAAUUAAUUUUUUUUUUACUUUAACAUGAUGAAGGGUUUAACACUAAUUUUCGGAGUUUUAACGAUCAUCGGAAAAUACGAAACAGUCAGUGGUACUGUUACAGUGACCGAAGUGCCAGCCGGACACUUGGCGGAAUUGCCAUGUCUCAGCAGCGACGAUCAUCACCGUUUCAUGUUUUGGCAAUUGACCGACGAUCGGAACAUCAUAGGACCCGGAAAUCCUAUGAACGAGGAAAAGUACAACUACGAAGUUUUGACUGGAAAACUUAUGAUAAGAGGUGUUUCGACCGCCGAGGCAGGAUUCUAUAAAUGUGUUUCGAGAGGAAUAUCCGACAAUUCAGCAAUAAAUAUUCACGUGGUCGAAUUAAUCGUGAAAAAAGAUUGGGAAGAUGCCUGGGAAAAUGAUUUUGAGACUAAUUUACUGCGCGGAAUGUCUGCUGUGAUGGUAAUCGUGGUCGGGAUCGCAAUCGUUUUGCUGAUUUUGACGAUGAAGAGGCGAACCCAGAGAUUUUUUGACUUGGAGGAAUCCAGGGAAAACUCACCAGCAAGAUACAAAGAAAAUCCUCAGAAUAUUCCAUCAGCGAUCACGCCAAAUCCUAAUCCAGAGUCUGCUGCUGGAAUCGACAACAUCGGAUUGGAUGUUGACUUCCCAAAAGUAUUCCAGCAAAUGCGGAAAGAGCAGGGACUUCCUUGACGAGACGUGAAAUCGAAAAUGAUCGGUGAAAAUCCUUCCGACGUAGUUCCAAAUUGAGAGAACAAAGUCUUCGUUGUUUUUUUUUUUUAAUGCUGUGAAGACGAUGGUCGUGUCAUUGUAAAUAUUACUGUCGACGGUUUUUUUAUCACUUGUUUUAAUAAAGAGUCGUCAAUUAUAAAAAGUCUUUCGAGCAGCAUUAAAACGCCUCAGUAUGUUUCAUUUUUUCUCAUCAAAAUUGAUGCUCUUGAAACGAAAAAUUACAUAGGGGACCGAAUCCCAAAAGCAUCAUUUACAAUAGCAUUUUCAUGAGAGUCGCAGAAUCGUCAGCUGUGCAAUCUCGAAAAGAAUAAUGAUACGGCCAUUUUUGGAAAAAGGUACAAACGUCGAAUGUGCUUUUGUUUUUUCGUUCUUAAUUUUUUUUUUGAACUGAUUAUUUCGAUGUAUUUUCGUGCAAAAAAAUUAUAGAAAACCACUUUGAACUCGAUUCAGCGCUGGCUGAUGAAUUCAAUAUUUUUCAAAAUUUGUUCACCAUUCGAAUUUGUGCACUUAUUCGAAUAUUGGAAAUUAAUAAAGAGAGUUCAAAGCA